CUGCCCAAGUGUUUCUGUCCCAUCCCACCUUGGGCUUUCGGGGUCUGACUUACCUUUGAGUGCGACUAAUGCUGUGUCACAGAGGGAGAUGUGCGGUUGUUGUCACCAGAUCCCAGGACAAAGUUUGCCUGUAAGACUGACUUGUUUCCAUGCAGGCUGGGCAUAGUUUACAAGGUUCCUUCAAGUGCCAUAUGACACCCUGCAAGAUUUUCAGGUCAGAUUGUAUUGAAGAUUAAAGCAGCAAUACAGCAGCUCUGGCAAUGGAUCGGUGCUGGUACCAUGGGAACAUCACUCGCUCCAAGGCUGAGGACUUGCUCUCCAAAGUGGGAAAGGAUGGCAGCUUCCUAGUGCGGGCCAGUGAGUCGAUCUCCUCAGCGUACGCACUCUGUGUUCUGUUCCGGAAUUGCGUUUAUACCUACAGGAUUCUACCCAAUAAAGAAAAUAAGCUAAUUGUCCAGGCAUCGGAAGGCGUUCCGGUGAAGUACUUUGACAACUUGGACGAACUGAUAGAGUUUUACAAGAAGGAGAACAUGGGUCUGGUAUGGCACCUGAAAUAUCCUGUCCAACGGGAAGAGGAGGAGGCAGCUGAUGAUCCAGAGGAGGAUGCAGAACCUGUACCAACCCCACCCAUAUUACCCCCACGACCCUUCCUGGUGGCACUCCCGGCAAGUGAGACGAAAGAAGCGUCUCCUCUGAAUGAAAGUUCCAAGGUGGCAGAAGUCAGCAAACUGUCCCUUUCUGAGACACUACUUCAGCGGCUGCAGUCCCAGGACACCAGCAGUGUUUCUGAGGAACACCUAAAGUUAAUCCAGGAUUAUCUGCGAGUUCACAUCACCAGCGACUUUGAGAUGGUGCAGAUGGGCUCCAGCAGUCUCCCCCAGCUGAAGAAACUGCUCACAGUGCUCUGCAAAGGGCUCUUCAGUGAGGCGUCUCGGACUCUCCCUUCCUUGGAGUCCAUCCAGAAGGUUUUUGACCAGCAGCUGCCCCCUGGUAUCCAUCAACGUUCUCAAUUGCUUGGGGAAGCCAGUCCAGUCAAUGUUGUGUUGAAGCUCAAUCAGCUGAUCUCUUUGCUGUCCUCGGCUGAAGAAAAGGUGAAAACACUGUUGAUUGAAGGUCCUGAUUCAACACAUCGGCGUUCUCUCAUCCCUCCUGUAACCUUUGAGGUGAAAGCAGAUUCUCUAGGAAUUUCCCAGAAAAUACACCUCAAAGUUGAUGUGGAGAUGGGGAAAUUGAUUAUCAAGAAAGCCAAGGAUGGUCCUGAAGACAAGUUUUAUAACCAUAAGAAAAUCCUGCAGCUCAUCAAGUCCCAGAAGUUCCCUAACAAACUGGUGAUCGUACUGGAGACUGAAAGAGAGAAAACGCAGCGGAAAGAAUAUGUUUUCGCUGACUCUAAGAAAAGAGAAGGGUUCUGCCAGCUUCUGCAGCAGAUGAAGAAUAAACACUCUGAGCAACCAGAGCCUGACAUGAUCACCAUCUUCAUUGGGACCUGGAACAUGGGUGCUGCUCCUCCCCCAAAGAAGAUCACAUCCUGGUUUCUCUCCAAGGGGCAGGGAAAGACACGGGAUGACUCCGCUGACUACAUCCCCCAUGACAUUUAUGUCAUUGGCACCCAGGAGGACCCCCAAGGGGAGAAGGAAUGGCUGGAAGUUCUAAGACAAUCCUUGCAGGAAAUCACCAGUAUCAGCUUUAAAGUGAUAGCAAUCCAUACACUCUGGAACAUCAGGAUUGUUGUUCUGGCCAAGCCAGAACAUGAGAAUCGGAUAAGCCACAUCUGCACAGACAAUGUGAAGACAGGAAUCGCAAACACGCUGGGCAAUAAAGGAGCUGUGGGAGUAUCAUUCAUGUUUAAUGGAACCUCCUUAGGGUUUGUUAACAGCCAUUUGACUUCAGGAAGUGAAAAGAAACACAGGCGAAACCAGAACUACAUGAACAUUUUGCGCUUCCUGACACUGGGAGAUAAGAAACUGAGUCCGUUUAACAUCACUCACCGCUUUACUCAUGUCUUCUGGCUGGGAGACUUGAACUACCGCGUGGAACUGCCUACAACGGAAGCAGAGAAUAUUAUCCAGAAGAUCAAACAGCAGCAGUAUCCAGAGUUGCUGGGUUUUGACCAGCUUCUAAUGGAGAAAAAAGACCAAAAGGUGUUUCUGCAAUUUGAGGAAGAAGAGAUCACUUUUGCUCCAACUUACCGUUUCGAAAGAAAUACCCGGGAGAAGUAUGCAUACACCAAGCAGAAAGCAACAGGGAUGAAAUUCAAUUUGCCGUCCUGGUGUGAUCGAGUGCUUUGGAAAUCAUACCCCAUGGUGCACGUGGUGUGUCAAUCCUAUGGCUGCACCAGUGACAUCAUGACCAGUGACCACAGCCCUGUCUUUGCUACAUUUGAAGUUGGGGUCACCUCACAGUUUGUUUCAAAGAAUGAUUCCAAGUACACAGAGUCCCAGGGGCAGAUAGAAUUCCUGCGCUGCUGUGCCACUCUGAAGACCAAGUCCCAGACCAAAUUCUACAUUGAGUUCCACUCCAGCUGUUUAGAAAGCUUUGUGAAGAGCCAGGAAGGGGAAAAUGAGGAUGGGAAUGAAGGGGAACUGGUGGUGAAGUUCAUUGAGGCCCUUCCUAAGCUGACUCCGAUUAUUUCAGACCCGGAGUACCUGCUGGACCAGCACAUCCUGAUUAGCAUUAAGUCUUCAGACAGUGAUGAAUCGUAUGGUGAGGGCUGCAUUGCCCUGAGAAUAGAAGCUACAGAAUCGCUAGUCCCCUUCCAUACUGUGCUAACGCACCAUGGUGAGAGAACAGGGGUCUUCCAAGGUGAAAUCAAGUUACAGACAUCGCAAGGAAAGCAGAGAGAGAAACUGUAUGACUUUGUGAAGAUUGAACGGGAUGAGACUGCUGGGCAGAAACCAAAGGGUAUCAGCAGCCUGGAUCUCACCAAAGAGUGGGAGCAAUCUAUCAGAAAAUCAAAAUCUACUCACCUGAUGGCUAAAGAAGCAGCAGCCGUUGCUCGCUUUCGGGGAAACGCUUCCUCUCCUCCAGACGCACAGGGCAAGGAUGACAUGUUACGCUCCACGCCCACGGACAUCAGCAAUCCCAACUAUAUGGGGGUGGUCGCUUUCUCUCAGCAACUCUCUGCACCCGGCCAGCUUAAGCAGAGCCCUUCAUCAGACCAGCCAUCUGCCUUCUGGACCUAUGACCAGCAGCCUAAAGAGAACACCCCUGUGAUGGGACAGAGGGAGUCUACCUCCACGCCUUCCUCCCAGUCCCCCCUGUCUCCAAAACCAUCCAUUCAGCCUACAACAAACCGAAGUUCUGGCCCCAGGAGUCAAGAGCAUGUGCCAGCUGACAUGGGAAAAAGUGUGGCGGAGCCGUUGCUUCAAGAGGAAGUUCAGCAGAAGCCCGAGAUGUUUGACAACCCACUGUACGGUGCCAUGAGCUCUAAGGGGAAGGUGGCAUCCAAGAAGGAACAGGACUACACCGCAGUCUUGCGAAAGGAGCACCCAGUUAUUCCGAAUCAUGGCUCCCUUCUCACUAAGCCACAAGAUGCCGACAGCAGCAAGUCUUCCAACAAGCAGCCAUCCCCUCCUUUCCUGACCCCCACACCCAGAUUCCGGUCCUACACCUGCUCCAGCCAAUCUGAGGAAAAGACUAUAAGUGAAAAGGCUCAGGGCAAGCAGAAGCCCACUGCCUCCUUAGAAAACCCAGCACCACUGAAAAAACCAGUCAAGCCCUCAAGGUCUGAAGUAGGUCCAAGCAGUCAGGGACAGUUCAGCAAACCACCUCUUCCUACAAAGAGCCGGGCAGUACUAGACAUGCAGACUACCAAGGGCCGAGACUACCGGGAGAGUUCAGAGCUCCCUCAUCAGGGAAAGCAUCGAACCGAAGAGGGGCCAGUUGGUAGGACAGCCACACCGUGACUGCAACAUGGUAGAUGGCAUCCUGAGAGGAACCCUAAAGGGAAGAAACAAGAUUACCACUUCGUUCACAUUACUAUCCUCUGGUCUGGUGUUGAAAGGACUGAGGCGUUUUAUUUUUGAGAGUGUCUCUCUCUUUAUCAUUAUAAAAGUCUUCUAGCUGAGAAAUUUAGCACAACUUGUUCAGAUGAAGAAGAGACAGGACAACAAUGACAAAUGCAAGAGGACAAGGUUCCCAGUUAGCCUUCUGCAGUGUCACUUUGGUACUUAAUCUAGGAGGCAAGGAGUUAAAUACCUUAGUACUCUUUUGGAGAAGAGGAAGGACAUAAGGACAAAGACAUGGGUUGGGUGGAUGGAAAGAGCCCCCUGCACAAACAAACUAAAACAUUUAUCUCAAGUUCCAAAAUCCCAAUCCUGAGUGAUAGUUACUCCAAAGGAAGCAUCUUGAAAGCGGUACAGCUCCCAGACAGGUCACCCCAAUGGAGCAAGGAGUCAGGGGAGGCUGGGAAAGAGUUUGAACAAUGGACGUUGAAGAGUGUCACACCGUAUAGGGUUUCAGCCUUGUCUCUUGUGGGAACCCCAAGCUGUGUACAGGCCUCCACCAGAUACAGGCAUCCAUGGAGAUUAUGGGGAUUUGUUCCCUGGCACUGCAGCUCUUGUUUUUAGCAACUAGUGGUGUUCCUCCUUCACAAAAACAUCCCAAGAGUGAAAGGGCAGAACUACACCCAGGAAUGGGAGUGGCAGAUUGUGCCCACGUCUGGUCUAUAAAUGUAGACCUGAGGGGAAAUCAGUCAUUCCAGCCAUUUUAUUUUUGUUUUCAUGGGAGUCACUCUACUUUGAAGGACAUUUGGCUGGUUGGUUUAGUAGCAUCCUAUUAGAUUCAUGCUGACCUUAUUGUAUUUUUGAUCAUUGCCUGAGAACUAAUCAUGUUAACAUAUUUGUAAUUUCUAUAUCCAUGUUAAGUACUAGUGCAGUGGUUUACAGUGAUGCUGGGCCUAUUUGUGACUUGAUCCUUGCUACUGUUCCCUGUUCGUUACUAAAAAAAAUAAAAAUUAGACACAUUUCUAGCCA